CUCGAACACUCCUACGGCAUCUGUCACGUCCACGGGGACCCUCACUACAACACCUUUGACAAGGUGACGCACAACUUCAUGGGCAACUGCACCUACACCCUGGCCAAAGUGUGCUCCAACACCACCUCCCUGCCCUACUUCAACGUGGAGGCCAAGAACGAGCAUCGUGGCAACACCAGGGUGUCCUAUGUGCGCGAAGUGCUGGUUGAGGUGUACGGACAGCGCAUUGCCAUCCUCAAGCAGGAGAAGAGCCAAGUGCUGGUGAACGGCUUGCGCCAGACCCUGCCGGUGAGGGCAGCGGGAGGUGCGAUCACGGUGAGCCAGAGCGGCCGCUACGUCGUCCUGGAGACAGACUUCAGCCUCAGAGUGUCCUACGACACUGACCACUCGGUGGAGGUGAAGGUGCCCACCACCUACUUCAACCUGACCUGUGGCAUGUGCGGGAACUUCAACAACCGGAGAGACGACGAAUACAUGAUGCCCAACGGGCAGCAAGCCGCAGACUCCAAUGCGCUGGGGGAGAGCUGGCAGGUCCCAGACAGUGACCCCUCUUGCGGUGUCCCCGUCCCCUCCCCACCCUGCAGUGCAGAAGAGGAGGAGCUCUACAAGUCGGACCGCUUCUGUGGCAUACUGACCAGCAGGCCCAGCUCUUUUGAGGAGUGCCACAGCGUGAUCAACCCCCAGAGCUACUUUGACACCUGCCUCUAUGACCUUUGUGCCCUGAAUGGUGGCCAGGAGUUUCUGUGUGCUGCUCUGGAGGCCUACGCUGACGCGUGCCAGGCAGCCGGCGUGACUCUUCUGCCCUGGAGGAAUGCUACCUUCUGCC